CGGUACGCAGUCAUCCCGAGUUUUUCCCUUCUUUAUUUUGCCCUACAACAAUUUUUCGUUCCUUACUACUCGGUUUCUUCCCAUCCUUCACCAUGGUCCUCGGUCCCACUGCUCGCAUGCUCCUCCCUUAUUUGAAUUUUACCAUUGCCACUUCUGCGCUUGCCUUUCAAACAACUGUACUAUAUCCAUGGCACCACGAGCUCGACACUGCUUUUCAUACGCUGAGGGCCGAGCAACUCCAAGUUUUGAAGGAGUUUCAUGAAGUGAAAUUGGGAAGAAUCGAAGAACUCGAGCGGAGGCUGGAAUUAGCUUUGAGUGCGACAAAGAACGCUUCGGGAAUUACGGGAAACCAGGUGAGAUGGCUCAGAUGUCGUCCGGGUUAAGCUCAAUGGGGUUCUUAACAGAAACUCUCCUCAAAUGUUGCCCUUGCGUUUAACGAACUUACUUGAAUGUCUCCUUCUCAUUUCGCAUUCCGCCCCUUUUUCAUCUGUGAUAAUUGCUAAUUAUUGGGCGUAUCGUUGACCUUCAAAUACCUAGAACAAGCCAGAUGGAAGGCGAAGUUCCUAGACGCUUGACGGUCAUCAUCGAUAUUCUGAAGGACAUUGCAGCAGCGGUCUACGUAGACGAUAGAUCAUAGAUCAUAGACGGGACUCGCCAGCAUCGAAUAUUACAUACACCCUAUUGUCGAUAUUCACAUUAAUAUUCAUUCGAUUCUACGCAGUAUCACUCAUGCAAACUACAUCGAAGCUAAGUUCAUGACCCAG